GAGAGAGAGAGAGAGAGAGAGCUCGAACCUAAGAAAGGAAAAGGUGCAAACGAGCUGUAUCUGUUCUACUGUUAGCCUACAGCAGUCUUAUUUUGCUACCGUGUAAAGGGACAGAUGUACAGUUUGGAACACAACUUCAGCACUGCGUCAGCAGCAGGAAUCUUAGUGUCGGUGCGUGACAUUGUGACGCAAUAACGCGCGGACAAACCAUGUAGCAGGUCGCCUUGUUUUAUACUUCAUUUUUUUUUGUUGUAUAAGGAUUUGUUUCGCUCGUAUGAGAUACGGCUUAACCAGUGAAAGGGAUGUACAGUAUAUCUGAAACUACUGUAGUCCUCGAAGAUGAGGUGCCUGGAUGAGCUGCACUGUGGAUGUCAUUUAACGGGGGAAGAGCGAGAGGGACGCGGGACGUGCAGCGUGUAAAGCUGUUCCUAGACUUGUAGGAAUGUUGUAAAAAGAAAACAGGGAGCAGGAGGACUCAGGAAGAGAGAGAGAGAGAGAGAGAGAGAGAGAGAGAGAGAGAGAGAGAGAGAGAGAGAGAGAGAGAGAGAGAGAGAGAUUGAGAUUGCUAAACGUCGGGGAUGUUAUGGCUUUCCCAGUGAUCUUCCUCGUCUUGUUCGCCUUCAACAACUUGCGCCUGACGCACGGGAACAACCGCCAUGCCGUGUACUGGAACAGCUCCAAUAUCCAUUUACGGAGAGAGGGCUACACCGUGCAGGUCAAUGUCAAUGACUACCUGGACAUCUACUGCCCGCACUACAACACCAGCCAGCGGGGGGUGCUAGAUCGAAGUGUGGCUGAGCAGUAUGUACUAUACAUGGUUAGCUAUCGUGGCUAUCGCACCUGUGACCCGCAGAUGGGCUUCAAGCGUUGGGAGUGCAACCGCCCACACGCACCACACGCACCAAUUAAAUUCUCGGAGAAGUUUCAACGCUACAGUGCCUUCUCGCUCGGCUAUGAGUUCAACGUGGGGCAUGAGUAUUACUACAUAUCUACACCCACCCAUCACCAUGGCCACAGCUGUUUAAGACUGAGGGUGUUUGUGUGCUGUUCUACACUAUCACAUGCAGGUGAUGAUGCAGACCAGAACCCUCCUGACUACACAACCAGACCUAAAAUACACAACAUUGAUGAGUUUGACCACAACAUCCCCAAACUGGAGAAGAGCGUCAGCGGCAGCGGUCCCUCUCGAGAUCGUCUGCUCAUGACCGUCGUGAUGUUGCUCCUGGGUUCGCUUCUCAUCUCCUAGCCACGGUCUCCCUUGUAACUUUUCAAACCUACUCACAGAACUCAUAGGAAAAUAUAGCAGUAGAUCUCCUACACACUCAAAGAGUGGCCUUUGGGACCAAGGGCUGGACAAAAAUGACUGAUCCCAAAAUGCCCUCAAUUGGAUGGAUGGUAGAUGGAUGGAUGGAUGGAUGAUUGAAUCUUUUUAUGUUGAUAUGUGAACUUGCCUUUUUGCUGGAACAUCAGCUACAAUCUUCUCCUUAGGAUAUAAAAGAAUAAAGACGUUGAAUGGAAUAUGGAGGCAACUACACAUCUUCAAUUACAUCUUCAUUUGGAUUUUAAAGGAUGCUCUGAGGGCCUCACGCUGCUCAUACUUAAAGUGGACAUUAUUGGACAGUGUGAGCUUCUGAACUCCAGAACUGUGUUUUUACUAGAGGUAUCAAGCUUGGUGAUAAAGGCCAAGUAGAUCCUCUACACGAUUGGAUCUAGGCUUACAAGAAGUCACAAUUUUGGUACUUUCGUAAAAAUGCGUUCCCCGUGCAACGGAACGAGGAAUUCUGCUUGCUCAUGUAUUUGCUAAAAUAUGGAAAUAUUGCUUAGCAACACAGGGUUAAGCCGGUCAUCAGAUUCUGUGGUGACAGGCCAGACAAAGAGCGGUUCAAAAACCCUUUAUGAAGAAGAUUCUUAAAAAUAAUACGUAUAAUAAAUGAUAAAUUAAUGAACCUAUUUCCAGGUGAGUUCCUGUAAUGUUCUACCACCCGGAAAUCCCCCUGUAGAAUAUCCCAUGCCUGAGAAGGCAUGUCACUGUUUAGCAUAGCAACCAUUUUGUAACAGGAUGUGAGUAGUAAAGUGCAGAUCACUGUUUUAUAAUAAAGAACCGCAGUUUGGAAACAUGCUUUAUUGUACAGUUUACAUUUAGUAACAGAAUUCUUGUGUGUCAUUUGGUGCUUUAUUUAUUGAACGGUAUUUAUAGGUUUGGUGACUCGACGAUGUUUGGUGUGAGGAUCGAUAUACAGUGGGAAAAUGUUGUAGGACGAGAAUCAGAGAAACGAGACAUAUUCAACAACACAGAACUGUGGAAAAUUUUGUUUCUUCAGUGUUUCUGAUCAAGGAAUUUUUUUAUUUUGGUAUUUGUGUCUUUCCCCCAGGUAACGUGCAUAUCAUAUGAAUAUCAACUUCAUAUCUCUCUCUCUCUCUCUCUCUCUCUCUCUCUCUCUCUCUCUCUCUCUCUCUCUCUCUCUCUCUCUCUCUCUCUCUCUCUCUCUCUCUGUGUGUGUUCUUUAAUAGUUUGUAUAUUUAGGGCAAGUGUCAGGAUUGGGUUUGAAAAGAGGCCAUUGAUUCAUUUUGCUGCACUUCUAUUCUUAUAUACAAGUUUAAGAGCUUGGCAAGAAUGUAUUUAAAUAUGUGUAUGUGUGUUACAAGUAUGCAUUUUUGGGGGAAUGUUGCAAGGGAGUUUGUGUGCAUUUCAGGAUUUUCAUACAUGUUUAGGUCCACAUUUGUAACUUUUCAAUAUGCAAGAGUGUGAGACACCGGGGCAGUUUUGUGGGAGAUAUUGACAGUAUUUAUUGUUGGAAACUAUAGUGCCAGUCAUGCUUACUUAUGAGUAGAAUGACUAAAACGUCAAGGAUUCAUGAAUGACAAUAAAAAAAAUAAAUAAAACUGACAAUAAAACAUUGUACCUUAAAUUUGACUGCAGUCAUCAUUUGGAAAUGGAGAGAAGCAUAAAAGGGCAUUUUAUGUCAAUGACAAAAUAAUGUAUAUGAAUCUAACACUUUACUGUGCAUUAAAUGAAAACUCUUUUUGUAUGACCUGAUACUAUUUCUAGUCACAACACAAACAAAUAUAUAAAUACUUUCUGGACAGGUGUUAAUAUUAGAACUUGUGAACCUGUCACUACAGGACGAACUGACCGAGUGGAAAAAUACCAGUGUGUCAUGAAGACGGUGCUACUUGCUGCCACCUUUAUCUUGGACACUGAUGAACUGAGCAGUUGCUCUUAAAACUGAAACCGUGUUAUUGCACUUGAGAUGGAGAAGAUGAUUCACUCCUCCAAAUGACUAUAAAUACACAACAAAAACUGUUAACAGUUAGUAGAUGUGUGUUUGUAUGUGUGUUUGUAUGUCUCUUUCCUAAAUAUUAUAUUGUUAGUCCACUUUAAUUAGUUUGAAACAUUACUGGCACAAAUAUAGGAACAAAUAUAAUUACCAGCCUAACAACAUGGGACUGGAAACCUCUCACUUCUCUUGAUUACCCACUUCCUCAGUGGGUCUGAGGAUCAAGUAUGUCAGCAUCAAUCAUCCAUCCAUCCAUCCAUCCAUCCAUCCAUCCAUCCAUCCAUCCAUCCAUCCAUCCAUCCAUCCAUCAGUUCAUUCAUUCAUUCAAUCAUUCAUUCGGUCAUUUGUUCAUUCACUUAUUCAUCCAUCCAUCCAUUUCUCUUGAAACACUGCUUUAUCCUUGUUCAGGGAGAUUUAUAUGUAUAUAUACUGUAGGUGCAAUUUAAUUGAAUUUCAUUUCAUUUUUUUGUUUUAUUUAAUGUUGUAUUGGAUGUUAUUUGUAUCUCAUUUUAACAACGCACAUAACCAGAAAGCAGGCUUUAUAAAAUCUGGAUU